GUCAGCCUGGUCUUCAUGGUUGGAGAGGUGAUCGGUGGCUACGCGGCACACAGUCUGGCCAUCAUGACCGACGCAGCUCAUCUCCUCACAGACUUCGGUAGCAUCAUGGUCAGCCUCUUCUCUCUAUGGGUCUCCUCCAGACCUCCCACCAAAACCAUGAACUUUGGCUGGCAUCGCUCAGAAAUCCUGGGUGCCUGUUUGUCAGUGCUGUCCAUCUGGGCUGUGACAGGAGUGCUGGUGUUCAUCGCCGUCCAGAGGAUCCUUAACGAUGACUUUGAGAUCCACAGCCAGAUCAUGCUCAUUACCUCAGGCUGUGCUGUGGGGGUCAAUGUCUUAAUGGCCCUAAUCCUCCAUCAGUCCAGUCACAGCCACGGUCCCUCCGACCACCGACCCCAUGACAAUACAGUCAACCUGUCACACGGCCACUCUCACGGACUCCCUGGUGGCCACGGCAACACCAGCGUGAGAGCGGCUUUUAUCCAUGCAGUAGGGGAUCUGUUGCAGAGUCUGGGGGUACUGCUGGCUGCUACCAUUAUACACUUCUGGCCUCAGUAUAAAAUAGCAGAUCCGAUUUGUACCUUCAUGUUCUCUGUAUUUGUGCUGGGAACAACUGUCACUAUCCUGAAGGACGUCUUCAGGAUACUCAUGGAAGGGGUUCCUAAAGGUAUCGACUUCAAUACUGUGAGAGAAAUGCUGCUGUCGCUGAGAGGAGUCAAGACCACACACAACCUCCACAUGUGGGCCCUCACCUUGAGCCAGUCACAGCUCUCUGUACACGUGGCCAUAGAGGAAGAUGCCAGUCCCCAACAAGUACUCAUGGAUGCUACCAAGCUGCUCCAGUCAGAGUUUGGUUUCUCCAGCAUCACCAUCCAGGUAGAACAGUAUGCAGAGGAGAUGAUCUAUUGCAUGCAGUGCCAGGACCCCACGGACUGACCUCACUACCACCAUGGGGGGUUGAGACUGAACUAUAGGGACCACUAUGGGAGAUUGUCUGACUGAAUCCACCUUGGAGGUUAUUUGAGAACCCUGUACAAAAUCUAGCAUGUGCUGGCUAACUACUCGAUUGAGAUUUGUUAACAGUCUGUCAUGACAGAUCACUAGUGGGGCUAAAGAC